UAUCCGUUCUCUAGGCACUUCAGAUUCCUUAUACAACUACAUCAUGCCUACCUGUUAUUCUCUCUCUCUCCUCCUUUCUUUGCCAACCAUUUAUGCUAUUUUUCUUUUACUUUAUAUCCUCCCAGUUCUAUUAAAGUGUUGCCUUUUUCUUCUUUUUCAUCAAUACCCAUUAGCCCGAUUUGUAAAAUAUAAGAGUGAGAGGAAUAGAACGUUAGCUGCUGUUGCUAGAGCUUCUGAAAUGACUAUUACGGAGAUGAGGGAAGAGGAAAAUCCUCCCUUGAUUGAUCCUGGGAACGACUCCAAGCAUCGUCGUAUUGCUCUUUUUGUUGAGCCUUCUCCUUUCUCAUAUGUGUCAGGGUAUAAGAACAGGUUCCAGAAUUUUAUAAGAUAUUUAAGGGAAAUGGGAGAUGAGGUAAUGGUUGUAACAACACAUGAAGGGGUACCACAAGAGUUCUACGGGGCCAAGUUGGUUGGAUCAAGAAGCUUCCCCUGUCCUUGGUAUCAGAAUGUGCCCCUUUCUUUGGCUCUAAGUCCAAGAAUAAUCUCAGAAGUUUCCCAGUUUAAGCCUGAUAUAAUACAUGCCUCUUCACCUGGGAUCAUGGUUUUUGGUGCUCUCGCUAUUGCAAAACUACUCUCUGUACCCAUAGUGAUGUCAUAUCACACCCAUGUUCCAGUAUAUAUCCCAAGAUACACAUUUAGUUGGUUGGUUAAACCUAUGUGGUUAAUAAUAAAAUUUCUUCACAGAGCAGCUGAUCUCACACUGGUUCCAUCAGCUGCAAUUGCGAGGGAUCUCCAAGAAGCUAAGGUAACUUCAGCUAAUAAGAUUCGCCUUUGGAACAAGGGUGUGGAUUCUGAAAGUUUCCACCCUCGAUAUUGCUCUCAUGAAAUGCGAUUAAGAUUGAGCAAUGGUGAACCAGAAAAACCACUAAUAAUUCAUGUUGGACGUGUUGGAGUUGAGAAGAGCUUAGAUUUCCUCAAAAGUGUUAUGGACAGGCUUCCAGAAGCAAGAAUUGCUUUUAUUGGGGAUGGACCGUACAGGGAAGAGCUAGAAAAAUUGUUUACAGGCAUGCCUGCAGUUUUUACAGGGAUGUUUCAAGGUGAAGAGCUGUCUGAGGCAUAUGCAAGUGGGGAUGUGUUUGUGAUGCCUUCGGAGUCGGAGACGCUCGGACUUGUUGUUUUGGAGGCCAUGUCAUCAGGAAUCCCGGUGGUAGGUGCUCGUGCUGGGGGAAUCCCGGAUAUAAUUCCUGCAGAGCAGGAGGGCAAAACCGGCUUUCUCUUUACGCCUGGAGAUAUUGAGGACUGCAUGAGCAAACUGGUGCCCCUGUUACAAAAUAAGGAACUGAGAGAAACCAUAGGCAAAGCUGCACGUGAAGAAAUGGAGAAGUAUGAUUGGAAAGCAGCCACUAAAACGAUACGCAAUGAACAGUACGAAGCUGCCAUUUGGUUUUGGAGGAAGAAGAGAGCUGAGGCACUGGGACCUCUGCAGUGGCUUACAAAACGCCUUUUCCCAUCCCCAGCAAUCAACUUUAGGUGAUUUAGAUAUAUGAUAUAGAUUUGGUCAGUAGAAUUUUAAGGAAUUAGCAUGUUGAUAGGGAUUGUGAACUUGUUCAGGGCUUCAAAGAGGCUCUUCUAUGGAGUGUGUGUGUGUGUGUGUUUUUUUUUUUUUUUGCCUUAGCAAUAUGUUAAUUUGUUGCACACUAUGGGCUUGAAAUGAUCUAUUUGAAAAUAUUGGAAUAAAACAGAAUGGUUGUUUCA